AUGAAUCGGAAGCUAGUGAACAUUUUGACAGCCUUGUUUGCAUUUUUCUUAGGGACAAACCACUUCAGGGAAGCUUUCUGCAAAGACCAUGACUCCAGGUCUGGAAAACAUCCUUCACAGACACUAUCUCCUUCAGAUUUCUUGGAUAAAUUAAUGGGAAGGACAUCAGGAUAUGAUGCAAGAAUCCGGCCAAAUUUUAAAGGGCCUCCUGUAAAUGUUACCUGCAACAUAUUUAUCAACAGCUUUGGGUCAGUAGCAGAAACUACAAUGGACUAUCGAGUGAACAUUUUUCUGAGACAACAGUGGAAUGAUUCACGGCUGGCAUACAGUGAGUACCCAGAUGAUUCCCUGGAUUUGGAUCCAUCUAUGUUGGAUUCCAUUUGGAAACCAGAUUUGUUCUUUGCCAAUGAGAAAGGAGCCAAUUUCCAUGAUGUCACCACUGACAACAAGUUGCUGAGGAUUUCCAAAAAUGGCAAAGUGCUCUACAGUAUCAGGCUCACCUUGACUUUAUCUUGUCCCAUGGACCUGAAGAACUUUCCAAUGGAUGUUCAGACCUGUACAAUGCAGCUGGAGAGUUUUGGGUACACCAUGAAUGACCUGAUAUUUGAAUGGUUAAGUGAUGGUCCGGUACAAGUAGCCGAAGGACUCACCCUGCCCCAGUUUAUUUUGAAAGAAGAAAAGGAGCUUGGCUACUGCACAAAGCAUUACAACACUGGAAAGUUUACCUGCAUUGAGGUCAAGUUUCACCUGGAACGCCAGAUGGGCUAUUAUUUGAUCCAGAUGUACAUACCCAGCCUGUUGAUAGUCAUUUUGUCCUGGGUCUCCUUUUGGAUAAACAUGGAUGCGGCCCCUGCCAGGGUUGCCCUUGGCAUCACAACAGUCCUGACAAUGACUACCCAGAGUUCAGGUUCCAGGGCAUCUCUGCCAAAGGUCUCCUAUGUGAAAGCGAUUGACAUCUGGAUGGCAGUGUGCCUUCUGUUUGUGUUUGCUGCUUUACUGGAAUAUGCAGCAGUGAACUUUGUCUCCAGGCAACAUAAGGAGUUCCUUCGUCUCCGGAGACGACAGAAAAGGCAGAAUAAGGAAGAAGAUGUUACUCGUGAAAGUCGUUUUAACUUCAGUGGUUAUGGGAUGGGUCACUGCCUCCAAGUGAAAGAUGGCACAGCUGUCAAGGCUACACCUGCCAACCCACUUCCACAACCCCCAAAAGAUGCAGAUGCCAUCAAGAAGAAGUUUGUGGAUCGGGCAAAAAGGAUUGACACCAUAUCUCGAGCUGCCUUCCCACUGGCCUUCCUCAUUUUCAAUAUCUUUUACUGGAUCACAUACAAGAUCAUUCGGCAUGAAGAUGUCCAUAAGAAAUAGAUGUACCCUAUUAAUCCUGGGAACUUCUCUCCUAAGUGUUGUGCUUGUAAAUACACAGUAAUAUUGUCUUUAUAUCACUUUGACAGAGAAGAACAUUGAGGGAGGGGGGAGGGAGAUCAUGAGGGUGGGGUUUCUGGCACCUACAUGAAAAAAGACAAGUUCUAUGGGCAAUGAAGAAAACUGCACAAAAUUAAGGUGUUGCAGAAUCACAUGAGCAUAACUCCCAUCCAUAGUGUUUAGCAUUGUUCUUUCAGAUGACACAUCACUCAGACAUGAUGUGCAAAGUCAAGUUCUCGAGGGCUGAUUAUCUUAUGAUUUGAUUUGGUUUUGAUGAGUUCUGGUACUGAAAAGUUAGCUUAACGCACACACGUGUGUGCUCAAGCACACAAACACACACACACACACACACGCAAACAGACACACACACACAUAGACACACACACAGACACACACACGGACACACACAGACACAGACACACACAGACACACAGACACACACACACAGAGACACACACACACAGACAGACACACACACACACACAGACACACACACACACUGAAAAAUGCUUACCAUCUGACCAUAGUGACUAGUCUACAGUAAAUUGAGGACCAAACUUUUUCAGGAAAAUGCUGCCUCGUUUUUAAAACAAGCUUCCUGAGCUAUGAUCUUUACAAUGUCUGUAAUUAGUGUUUCACCCAAGAAAUCCUUUUGUGGGUUGUAAAUUCUUUAUACUUAUCCGGAAAACAACAACAACAUAAACACAAAUGACAAAGAACAGAUUUCUACUCUACUGUCUGUGUAGGUGUGCACUUUGAUAUUAUUUUUCUUUCCUAGAUGUAAAUUGGGGGUUUCAUUGUGUAUUGUGUAAUUGAUUUACCAGUAUAUCCUCUUAAAACAAAUGCUCAUUUAUUUUAGAUCAAGUUAGCCUACUGUGUAUAUUUUUUCCACUUUGGCUAUAUUUACGUGUGACUUUAAGUGCCCAAGUGUAACUUAGCUAUUGCAGCUGCUCAACCACAGUAUUUAUGAAGGUGGUGUGUUCUGAAUGGUGUAGCUCAGAUUAGCUUGAACUUCCUAUUUCUGCUCUCAUUGUAGCUGUAACUACCGUCCUAAUGUUGACUGACCUGUAAUUUCUACUUUCAAUCCAAGUGAAUAUCGUUUUAAAUAUCCUUAAUUAACUUUAAAAAUGUAAAAUUGUACUGUGAUUUUCAUAACCCGUUGCCUUUUUGGUACCAGAGCUACGUGGUUUGAAUCCUGGCUUACAUGUUUUAAGUAAGAAAAAAAAAAAAGAUGUAUUUUUGCUUACUCAACAGACAACCUGUAAAAAUAUAUGGAAAUAAUUACAUUUUACAUGUGCUGUAAAAGGGAUUAUUUUAAAAAAGCAUUUGUUCAAUUUCAAUAAAGAUAAGUGUGCCACUAA